CCGGAGACAAUUCAUGGGUCUGGGGGCCACCGAGGCGCUGCCCGUGACCAGCACACGACCCCUUUCUAUCGCGCCAGGCCUGUGGUCUCCGCACCUCUCCAGCUCCUGCACGUCGGCCCCGUGGUUCCCACCACAAUCGGGUGUCCAGGGUGGCGUGAGGACACCGGGCUGGGCAGGUGCCAGGAGCCCGCCACCUCUCCUCCUCCCCCUCCGCCGCCUGGCCCUCCCCUACCAGGGUGCUAGAAGCGCGGGGCCUCCGGGAGAAUACGUGCGGUCGCCCGCUCCGCGUGUGCCUACGCCUUCUGUGCCAGUUGCUUUCCCAAUUGAGCGGAAAAGCUGGGGCAUGUUGCCGGAGCCCUGGGCAGGACGGUUGUGCACUGCAGCCCGAAGCCCGCCGGGGCACCUUCCAGCCCAGACUGCCCAGUCCCUCUGGUUGCGACCCCUGCCAGCGUCCCCCAGGUUGGAAACCAUACCCUGCAGUCCCCAGCCAGCCUGAAGGAAGCCCAGAUUGACGUCGCAGGGUAAUGGGGACCCAGAGGCAGCUCUGUGGGGCCCCAUCAGGACCUCAGCCCUUAGCAGGGCUUUCUGUGUGACACCGAAACCGUUACAUCUAUUAUGUGCUAAGGAUUGAGAGUUCCAGGGAUUGAGGCCGGCUCUAGAAGACUUAGAAGACACUGGGUCCCCUAGGAGCUGCCUCAGGCUUAAUGAUUGUCCAGAAGGUGGCUAUAAAGGGAGCCUGGGAGGCUGUGUGGAGGAGGGAGCAGAAAAAACUCAACUCAGCAGAUCUGGGAACCGUGAGAGCGGCGAGCAGGAACUGUGGUCAGAGGCUGUGCGUCCUGGCUGGUAGGGCCUGCUCUUUUCUACCAUGGCAGCCCAGGGGUAUGGCUAUUAUCGUACUGUGAUCUUCUCAGCCAUGUUUGGGGGCUACAGCCUAUAUUUCUUCAAUCGCAAGACCUUCUCCUUUGUCAUGCCGUCGUUGGUGGAAGAGAUCUCUUUGGACAAGGAUGAUUUAGGGCUCAUCACCAGCAGCCAGUCGGCAGCCUAUGCCAUCAGCAAGUUUGUCAGUGGGGUGCUGUCUGACCAGAUGAGUGCUCGCUGGCUCUUCUCGUCUGGACUACUCCUGGUUGGCCUGGUCAACAUAUUCUUUUCCUGGAGCUCCACAGUACCUGUCUUUGCUGCUCUCUGGUUCCUUAAUGGCCUGGCCCAGGGGCUGGGCUGGCCGCCAUGUGGGAAGGUCCUGCGGAAGUGGUUUGAGCCAUCUCAAUUUGGCACUUGGUGGGCUAUCCUGUCAACCAGCAUGAACCUGGCUGGAGGGCUGGGCCCUAUCCUGGCAACCAUCCUCGCCCAGAGCUACAGCUGGCGCAGCACGCUGGCCCUGUCUGGGGCACUGUGUAUAGUUGUCUCCUUCCUCUGUCUCCUGCUCAUCCACAAUGAACCUGCUGAUGUUGGACUCCGCAACCUGGACCCCACGCCCUCUAAGGGCAAGAAGGGCUCCUUGAAGGAGGAGGGCACCCUACAGGAGCUGCUGCUGUCCCCUUACCUGUGGGUGCUCUCUACUGGUUACCUUGUGGUGUUUGGAGUAAAGACCUGCUGUACUGACUGGGGCCAGUUCUUCCUUAUCCAGGAGAAAGGACAGUCAGUCCUUGUAGGUAGCUCCUACAUGAGUGCCCUGGAAGUUGGGGGCCUUGUAGGCAGCAUCGCAGCUGGCUACCUGUCAGACCGGGCCAUGGCAAAGGCGGGACUGUCUGUCUACGGGAACCCUCGCCAUGGCCUGUUGCUGUUCAUGAUGGCUGGCAUGACAGUGUCCAUGUACCUCUUCCGGGUAACAGUGACCAGUGACUCCCCCAAGGAUGUUGCUUUCUGGACUCUGGCUCUUCACCCUCUCUCGGAGCUCACAGGCUUUACGGAGCGCGAGCUCUGGAUCCUGGUAUUGGGAGCUGUAUUUGGUUUCUCCUCGUAUGGUCCCAUUGCCCUGUUUGGAGUCAUAGCCAACGAGAGUGCCCCUUCCAACUUGUGUGGCACCUCUCAUGCCAUUGUGGGACUCAUGGCCAAUGUGGGCGGCUUUCUGGCUGGGCUGCCCUUCAGCACCAUUGCCAAGCACUACAGUUGGAGCACAGCCUUCUGGGUGGCUGAAGUGAUUUGUGCAGCCAGCACAGCUGCCUUCUUCCUCCUACGAAACAUCCGCACCAAGAUGGGCCGAGUGUCCAAGAAGGCUGAGUGAACAGUCUAGGUUCCGGAGCACCAUCCCAUGGUGGCCUUCCUCCUGCACCUUGUCGGGGGAGCAAAGGAGGCGCCUGCUUGGCUAGCCCCGAACCUUUCACUUUGUUUCUGCGCCUUCUCCCUCACCCAGGUGGCGCUGGAAGUUAUCAGUGGCUAGUUGAGAUUCCAGCUCUCUGAUCCUAUGCUCUAUGUAAAAGAUAACCUUUGGCCUUAGACUCCGUUAGCUCCUAUUUCCAGCCUUCAGACAAACAGGAAACUUCUGCAGUCAGGAAGCCUCCUGUACCCUUCUUUUCCUAGGUCCUGUUCUGCCCCCACCCUAUCCAUCCCCACCUGACUUGCAGCUGUCCCUCCCUGCAGCUGCAGGGCGCUAAUGGCCCUUGACUUCUGCUGGGCCCUAAGUCCUCUCAGCGGUGGGUGACUGCUAUUGCCAAUACCUCAGACUCCAGGGAGAGAGAGGAGGCCAUCACUCUCACUAGUACCCAAGGCACAGUUGGGUAUGGGUGGGAAGAAAGGGUGACUUGUUAUAGAAGAUUAAAACUAGAUUUGAUACUGAA